AUGGGCUGUUUCGAUACUCAAGAUUCCAUUUACGAUUUAGCAUGGUCCGAAUCAAACGAAAACCAAGUCGCUGUCGCAUGUGGUGAUGGAAGCGUCAAAUUAUUCGACACCGCAAUUCAUGAAUCAUUCCCCGUCGCAAACUUUCAUGAACACGGUCGCGAAGUUUUUGCUGUUCAUUGGAAUUUGGUCUCAAAAGAUACGUUUGUUUCAAGCUCUUGGGAUGGUACAAUUAAACUGUGGAACCCAAAUCGCACAAGCUCAGUUCUCACAUUACCUACACAUUCUUGCACAUAUAGCGCUGCCUUCUCUCCUCAUUCACCCUCGAUCAUAUCAUCUGUCUCCUCAGAUUCGCAUUUAAGAAUAUUUGACCUACGUACCCCUUCGUCGGCUUCCAAUCAUUUAGUCUCACUUGUCCCAAUCCAUGGUUCCCCACCAAGUGCAGGCUCUCUGGGAGCAGUCGGAAGUAAUCGUCAAGUUUCACCUCCAACCGAAGCUCUCACCCAUGAUUGGAAUAAAUAUCGUGAGGGAGUUAUCGCAACGGCUGGUGUCGAUCAAGCGAUUCGAACUUUCGAUCUUCGCAAUGUGGGUGGUGGACCUGUCGCCGUUUUAAAAGGACAUGAAUAUGCUGUUCGAAAAUUGGUCUGGAGUCCACAUCUUAGCGAUACCCUCUUGAGUGCCAGUUAUGACAUGUCUUGUCGCAUCUGGACUGAUGGUACAAUGAAUGCCACCAUGCCUCGCCAAAUCGGUCGCAUGGAUGCUCACACCGAAUUUGUACACGGUGUUGAUUGGUGUCUCUUUGGGGAAGGUUGGUGCGCUAGCACUGCUUGGGAUGAAAGAUUACUGGUCUGGGAUGUUCGCUCUGUUAUGACCGCAUAA